AGAGAGAGAGAAAGAGAGAGAUGGAAGGGAUUGCUUCAGUUUGGAGUUACCAAGAGACUAUCAAUGAGCUGAAGAACAAGCUUCUCUACACCACGUACGAACUAGAAUCUGCAAGAAUAGAUGCAAAGGAGGAGAUGAGAAAAAAUGAGGAGUGCACAAAGCAACUUCUGCAACUCCUAAAUACUGCUUACCGUGAAAGAGAUGAAGCACGAGAUCAGCUGCAGAGACUAUUAAGCAAACUUAUGCCUAAUAGCAGUACAGAAAUCGGUUCUGUUUUCACGAAUCCUCAAUCUGAGAGCCCUUCAUUGAAAACCAAAGGAGCAAAUUUAAGCUUUACAGAAUCAGAUAGUGUAUCUGAGGCAUAUAAUCAUCACUCCUAUGGUUCCUCCCCUGUAGAUUCAUUCAUUGAUCCGGUUUCUUCUCCAGAAAUGUCAAACAAGAAUGUUUGUGAUGCAAGUAAUCUUGGAAAGGCAUGCCAGCCAAUCAUUCAAGAAUCUAAUGUCCCCAUCUCAAUGGACAUUUUCUCUUUAGGAAAUGUAUCUGCAUCAAUUGGUAUUAUUUCUUCAGGUGAACACAAGGUUGAUAAUGCUUCAUCAGUAAUUGAUAAACUUAUCAAGGGAAAACCUCUCCCUCCAAAAGGGAGACUCUUACAAGCUGUAAUGGAAGCAGGCCCGCUGCUUCAGACACUACUUGUUGCAGGACCACUUCCUCGAUGGCAAAAUCCUCCACCUUUGCAACCAUUCCAAAUACCAGCUGUGUCUAUCAAAGGCAUUGAUCCUGAAAAUGUUAAUCAGAAACCAGUUCCCAAUUCGAAUUACGUGGCUCAAGGUUCAUUGACUUCAUCAUUCAUUGGGAUGUCAUCUCAGAUAUGCUCUACUUCUGUGUUGAACUUUUCAUGCAGUGCAGGUUCAUGUUUAUCUACUGCAAUGAAUCAGGAUUUGUCCCACAGAGAAAUAACGAGUGGGAAGAGACAGAGACGCCAAUGAGAUGAAGAAACCUUCAUCUGCCUCAGAUGGACAAGACCCAUACUUUUCUAUCUUCUGUAUAAAAUUCAAACAUAGAUGGUGUAAAUCGAAUAAAUUUUUAAAAAAAAAAAUUUCAAUUACUUCCUUAGCUCAACUUUAUUUACAGAUAAAUUAGACUAGCUCAAUUACUACUUGGAUUGUCUGCCUAGCACAGGUGUAAUCAAGAAGUGGCAACAGAACUUGUUAAGAUACAGGAAAACAAAUUUUCCUUUGUAAAA